UGUUUUAAUAACUUUUGCAGCUAUGCAUAUCCAAUGCUUUAGUUGUCUUACAGUUCUAUUUUUGCCUUCUUCCAAUUUAAAGAGGUAGUGUAAAAGUUUUUUGUUCAUUAAAUCUAUGGAUUAUUAAUAAUUUGAAGGCUAUAGUGAUGGUGCCGACAGGGUACAGCGGAUUGGUCCACAAUAUUGAUCAGAAAAAGGAACAAUUUCAUGGGGAAUUUAAUGGAGAUGCCAAACCAACCUAUGCCUUGGAACACUUGGCGACUUUUAAAGUGCAGCAUGAAUCUGAUAUACGAAAGCCCAAGGAUAAAUUAAAAGUUCUGAAGGAUUUGGAUAGAUCAGGAGCCAUUUGGCCACAGAAAAUGUACAUGUCAUAUAGCAGACAAUGGUUGGUAAUUUUAGAUUACGAAAUGAAAGAGAUAGAAAAUUUUCCUGGAUCCCUUAUAAAGGAACCGAUGGCAUUCAUCAGCGAAGAUCCUUUAGAGGUCUUUAAUAACAUAUUAGUUUUCACAGUACCAGGCGUUUCUCUGGGAACAACGGAAAUGCACUUUUUUCAGGUAACGAGUGUAUCUGCCAUACAUAUGGUAGAAGAUUUGAAACAAUUAAGUACUGGCAAGAUAGUUACAGUUGAUCGAAAUUUGUCUGCCAUUAAAGUUCCGAAAUCGGAAAGGGCUCAACCGAAUGCUCGCGACCAGUAUGGAAUUGCAAAAGCUGCUGCAGGUCUGGCUGCUGAAAAAAAUGCCCAUGACGUCGAGCAAAGCUUGCGUGACACCCAAGUAUUAAAUCAUUGUUUUGAAGACAUCGAACGGUUUAUUGCACGUCUAAAAUAUGCUGCAGAGGCAAUGCGAGAAUUAGAAUUGCGACAUAAUGAGCACAAUCCCCAUGGAGAAGGCCUAUUGAUAUUACGUUCGCGACCACCAAUUGAAAGCGAGUUUUUUGAUAUUCUUGCCAAACUGAAAUUGGCUAUGAAUUUGGUAGUAAAACUAAAUAAUAAUUUUUCUAAUGAAAUGGAUCCUAUCUCUGACCUUUUUACCUCGUUGCACACUAUUGUGAAUGUUUGCAACGAUAUAUAUGCUAGGUCAAGCAUACCAGAAAAUGUUGUUAACCCACUUCUACGUCGUGAAACCAUUAAUUUUUUAUCUAAUUCUUUAAAUGCUAUGAAUACUGAUUUCUGGAUAUCCCUUGGGAAAAAUUGGACUUGGGCAAAGGAGCAUUUUAAAGAUCACAUAGGAUCAUAUCAUCCGAUUUUCUAUGAUGACUGGUCACCAGAUUGGGUGGUUGAUGAAGAGGUUCCUUACAUACCACCUCCCAAACCGUAUUCACCCAUGACGCCACGGAUUGUAGCAAGUGAUGCCGUUUGGUUGUCUCGUUUACAAUCAAGAAAUGUCAAAAUAGCCAAAGUUGUUUAUAACAAAAAAGAUAGUAAUGACAGAGAACUCAAUAUCACGAAAGGAGAAUACCUUGAGGUGAUCGACGAUUCGCGCAAUUGGUGGAAGGCUAGGAAUUGUGUGGGCAAUGUUGGCUACGUUCCACAUACAGUUCUUAAGGCUCAUAACUUUGAUGCGCAUUCCAACAAUUCUACGGGGGAUACCGAUUCCGUUAAGUCGUAUAAUUUGGAGAAUGAAGCGACCAAUAUAAAUCAGAACAAUUUGUCACGCAACACAAUUGUGCCGUUUGUGGAAGCCACAGAACGUGAGACGGCAGCAUCAACAAAGAUGGCGAAGUCAAUGCCUCGAUCAUAUAGCAUGCCAAACGUGCCUGUACCUCCACCAAUGCCGCCUUCAACCGAGAGCGAGCCACUAACGCCAAGUGGUACCCUAAGACGCAAUAUGGCUGCUGCCGGAAGUUUGGCAGCAAUGCGCGCUCGGAAUGAUAACGAAACGAAUGAUGGGCUAAUAAUAAUGCAAGGCACAAUUAAUGAAGAAUUAAGGGCUACUCUAUAUCAGCGGGAACGACGCAGGGACCUUGAAAUAUUGACAACACCCAAUGUACACAUAAAUCAGUAUUCAACACCAAAAGAAGUGGAAGAAUGGUUGCGCAUAAAAGGUUUUUCGGAUGUUAUUGUAGCAAAGCUCCGCAAAUUGAAUGGAGAGGAACUAUUUGCUCUGUUGCCACAUACUAUCGAGGGAUAUUUUGGACAGAAGGAGAGUAGGCGUUUAAUUUCGCAAAUAGUAUUGCAAAAAAAUAUAUGCGAAUACAAAACGGUUCGUUCUUCAGAGUUAUCUGCCAAACUUGCCAAGGCUCGCCAGAAGGCCGACCAAGAAAACAAUGCUCCAAGUGAAAUAUUUUAAGCAAUUUUAAGGAAAAGCUUAACAAAUAAUGUGAAUAAAUGGAACUAGGCUCCUUAAGCUGCGCUUACUAUGGAUGCGAAUUUUGGCGAAAUUUUAUUGUGACAAGUUUUGACUAAAUACAUACAUAUCUGUUUUCCGAUGUGAGUAGCAAAAGGUGCAUCAAAUGGGAGUUUGCAUUUUUCGUGGAUACGAGUAUUUGAGGAAAGUACGAGAACAAAAGAACAAUAUAUAUAGGUAUGAACCAUGAUUCAAUAAUAGAAAGGUUUUGUAAUAAAACAGUCUUCUCGCUCCCACACAUAAAAUCGGCUCCUUUA